AUGAUUGGACUACUUCAGCUGUUGUUAAUGGUCAGCGCGACCCUGGCUUCCGAACCAUCGUGCCCAGCGUGCUCCAAAUACGACUACGAGGAAAAGAUGCUCGAGAGAAUGAUUCGCAUGGAGUUCGCUUUUGAAAAGUUGGGCGAAAAGGUGGAGCAGAGUUUGAACAAUAUCAAGGAUGAGAAAGAACGUUUUCUCGAGCAAGCAGAAAGUAAACUGGCUUCGCUUAUGGACGAGGCGAAGAGAAACCAGUCCAGCAAACUGCAGAAGUUUGAAGUCGAUUCUAACAAUACGUUAGAACAAGCUAUUGCCGCCCUAAAUGAUAGAAAAGACGCAAGUGCUACUCCACUGGUGUAUUUUCACGCCCACUCUCCACAGACCAGCACCCUGUCCAAAGGUGAGGUGAUCGUGUACAAGACAGUGAAGACCAAUCAGGGCAAUGGCUACAGCUCCACCACGGGCAAGUUCACCGCUCCAGCACGGGGACUCUACUUGUUCUUCAUGCACACAUGUAUUGCUCCAAAUAAAACUGCUUAUCUCCAGAUAGUGAAUGAAGACUCGGUCUUGAUUGCAAGUUUUCAUUAUGACAAAACCGCUCACACCUGUUCGAGUAGUCAGGCCUUUGUUCAGCUUGAUUUCGGGGAAACUGUCUGGGUACAAUGCUCCGGUGGGGGCCCGAGCAGACAACUGCAUGAGGAAACUUAUCUUUGGACAAGUUUCUGUGGUGCUCUCAUUCACAACUGA